AUGGCCGUAGACAAAGCUCCAAUCUCUCCCGGCAAUGAGCAGCUCCGCCUGGAAAACAUCCCAACCGCAGCUAAAGCACAAGAUGACCGUAUUGAGAACGCCCAAGAUGAAGAUACAACCUUCCAGAAACUUCACAACCUAGAAAAUGUCGACCAAUUCGGUGGACAAAUCAAGACUGAUCCCGUGGAAAUUGCUCUUGUAAAGAAGCUGGACUGGUACAUGCUUCCUGUUCUUUGGCUGAUGUACUUGUUCAACUACCUCGAUCGAAAUGCAAUCGUCAACGCAAGACUCAACGGUUUGGAGACGGACCUGGGCCUUGUCGGCAGUCAGUACAAUACUUGCGUAUCGAUUCUCUUCGUUGGUUAUAUCUGUGGACAAAUUCCUUCCAACAUGCUGCUGAACAGGGUGCGGCCAUCCUGGUAUCUGGGGGGGUUUUGCUUGGCGUGGUCCGUCGUGAGUCUGUUGACAUAUUUGGCUCACGACUAUGGUUCCAUGGUAGCCUGUCGAUUCAUCCUGGGUGUCACCGAAGCUCCGUUUUACCCUGGCGCAUUGUAUAUCCUUAGCAUGUUUUAUACACGCAAAGAAAUCGCAACUCGGAUGUCGAUAUUUUAUACAGCCAACAUGCUGGCUAGCGCAACGUCGCCUCUCAUCGCUGCAGGUGUCUUUGAUGGGCUUGAUAAAGCCAAAGGAUUGGCGGGCUGGAGAUGGCUAUUCAUCAUCCAGGGCGUCCUAUCGAUCUUAGUUGCCAUCAUGGCCUUCUUCUGUCUACCCGACCAUCCUUUGACCACGCGUUGGCUGUCCGAAACCGAGAGACAGCUUGCGAGCAACCGCAUCAUACUCGACACAACCGACCGCCGAGAGGAUACAAGUGUCUGGGUCGGACUGCGGGAAGCAGUGACAGAUUGGCGAAUGUGGGCACUUACAUUGAUGUACAACUUCCAUCUGUCCACGGCAAGCUUCCAAAACUUCCUCCCGACUGUUAUUUCGACGUUGGGCUACCCCAGAACCAUUACGUUGGCCCUGACAUGCCCCCCGUACGUUCUUGCCGCUAUCAUCACUGUUUUGGUAGCGUACAGCUCAGGCCGAUUUAACGAGCGGACUUGGCAUAUCACAGUCUGCAAGCUCAUUGUCGUUGUGGGCUUCGUCAUACCACUUGCAACAUUGAACCUGGGAGCCAGAAUGUUCGGCAUCUUUCUCUUUGUUGGAUUUACCUUUGGCAUCAACAACAUUAUUCUAGGCUGGGCAUCGGCCACUCUGGGGCAGACAAGCGAGAAGAAGGCUGCCGCCCUGGCCAUUUGCAACACCUUUGGAAACCUGGCCUCCGUCUACAUGCCGUACGUGUGGCCUUCGUCGGAUGGACCUCGAUACGUGCCUGCAUGGUCGGCAAGCAUCGGCUUCUCUUUGGGUACCUUGCUUUUGGCGUGGGCAUUGAAGGCUGCCCUGAAGAGGCAGAACAAGAAGAUCAGGGAGGAAUCUCCCGACCAGGUCAACCUUUAUGUGUAUUAG